GAACCCUCUACUCACGGCUCCUAAAAAACCACCCCUCGCUCUUCACAACCUCCAUCUCGCACACGACGCGCGCGCCGCGCCCCGGCGAGACGCGAGAUGUGGAUUACUACUACAUCACGAUGCCGGAGUUCGAGCAGCUGAUUAAGGAGGAUGCGUUUGUGGAGCAUGCGAAGUUUGGCGAUAAUAGGUAUGGCACGAGUAAAAAGAUGAUUGCGGAGAUGGGGGACCUGGGGAAGGUGGUCGUGUUGGAUAUUGAGAUGGAGGGCGUCAAGCAAAUCAAAAAAUCCUCUAUCCCCGCCCGCUUCGUCUUCAUCCAACCCCCCUCAAUGGCCGAACUCGAAUCGCGCCUCCGAGGCCGCGGCACCGAGAAGGAAGAGAGUAUACAGAAGCGCCUGGCGCAGGCGAAGAACGAGAUGGAGUAUGCGGCGACGCCCGGGGCACACGAUUUGAUUAUUGUGAAUGAUGAGAUCGACAAGGCGUAUCAGGAGCUCGAGGCAUUUAUCUUUAAGGGGGAGAAGACGCAGGAUCAGGGGGCCAGGGAUGGGGGAAAGGCUGGGGAGAGCAUUGAGGAUUGA